AUGUGUUUUAUCGCCGUGGACAGUUCGGCCGGUAUCAUUGUGCUCAUGGCUUUUUAUGGCUUCUUCUCCGGUUCCUUUGUUAGUCUGCCGCCGACAGUCAUUGUGCAAUUGAGUGGGGAUGCGAGGGAGAAGAUUGGGACGAGGUUGGGGCAGAGCUUUGCGUUUGUCUCGAUUGGCUUGCUGAUUGGGACGCCGAUUGGAGGGGCGAUUUUGGAUAACAAGGGGUUUGAUGCGCUGUGGACGUUUGGGGGGUCUAUGUUGUUUGCCAGUGCGGCAUUCUUGAUCAUGGCGAGGGUUGCGUUCAAGGGAUGGGGCUGGGUCAAGGCUUGA